AUGUGCAUCCAUGCCUAUGUACAUGUCUUAUUGUGGAUUCGAUGUCCAAGUGUUCGGGAAUCUUCGCGAGAUCGUGCGACGCAAGAUGCUCCGGUGCUUGUCUCUCGAGGCUUGUACGUGGGCGGCCUCACAGACUCUUUGGCGAAUAUUUCCGAGGAGGAGCUUAAGAAGCUGUUCUCGCCGUUUGGUGAGAUUGAGUUCAUUGAUCUGCACAGGGAUCCUUACACGAACAAGUGCAAGGGCUUCGCGUUCGUGCAGUUCAAGAACGCUUCAGAGGCGCGCGAGGCGAUGACGGCCAUGAACGGCUUCCAGCUGGCAGGCAAGGAGCUGAAGGUGGGUAUUGCAACGAGCGACAUGCAGCUUGGUGAGGCUGGUGGCGCAAACAAUCUGGCAAUCGGUGGUGAGAAUCUUCACGAGGAUGCCAGUGCGAUGGGCCCGAACGCCAGCCAGCCCGGCAUGCUGAAGGAUGCAAACGACCGGCUGGCGCUCAUGCAGAAGCUGCAGCGCGACACUAUUCCAGGUUACGGUGGACCCGGCGUGCCAUCGAACAUUAUUGUGCUGCACGGCAUGUUCAACCCGUCGCAAGUCAACUUGGCAGCCGAUCCAGAGUUCUUCAACGACAUCCAUGCAGAUGUUGAGCAGGAGUGCCGAAAGUAUGGCUCUGUCGUGAAGGUUUUUGCCGACCAGGGCAGCAGCAAGGGCGAUGUCUGGGUCAAGUUCACCGACGCAACCUCCGCCUCGAACUGCCAGCGUGCACUCGACAGGCGUUGGUUCGCUGGGCAGCAAAUUAUCGCGGAAUUCAGCACCGAAGCUGCCUGGGCAGGCGUUGUGCGGUGA